CAGCUUGCAUUCGCCUUGCACCCCAGAUUCUCGUCCUUGGAGGUGGGGGGUCCCUCCCCUUCCUCGUCUCAAGCACCCAAAUUUUGGCAUCGCUCGAGGUGAAUGGCGGGAACCGGAAGUGUGUGCAGCGGCGGCGGGUACCCGGCGAAUCGGGUCCCAGGCGAAUCGCCGGAAGUAACAAUUGCUACGGGAGGUUUCCCCCAGCUUAGCUAUGGCGGCGAUCCCUCCAGAUUCCUGGCAGCCGCCCAACGUAUACUUGGAGACCAGCUUGAAAAGGAAGAGUCAUGGAGCAGUCCCAUAACGUUUCUGUCUGCUGUGACCUUGUUCUUGACUGGAGCUCUACUGUCCUCUCCCCCUGCAGCAUGGGGAUCAUCGUGCUGGAGCUGUACUGGAAGCACGCUCCAAAGACUUGUAAGAACUUUGCUGAAUUGGCUCGUCGAGGUUACUACAAUGGCACCAAAUUCCACAGAAUCAUCAAAGACUUCAUGAUCCAGGGAGGUGACCCAACAGGGACAGGUCGAGGUGGUGCAUCUAUCUAUGGCAAGCAGUUUGAAGAUGAACUUCAUCCAGACUUGAAAUUCACAGGGGCUGGAAUUCUCGCCAUGGCCAAUGCCGGGCCAGACACCAACGGCAGCCAGUUCUUUGUGACCCUGGCUCCCACCCAGUGGCUUGACGGCAAGCACACCAUUUUUGGCCGUGUGUGCCAGGGUAUAGGAAUGGUGAAUCGAGUAGGAAUGGUGGAAACAAACUCCCAGGACCGUCCUGUGGACGAUGUGAAGAUCAUUAAGGCAUACCCUUCUGGGUAGACUUGCUGCACUCUUGGGCACACCCAGGUCUUCUGAGAUGGCUCCAGUGAACCAGUUUCCAGAUGACCUAGAAUGAUACGUAACUCUAAACUGCAUUUUGGUCUUGCAAAUCUGAGGCGCUGAGGAGGCCUGGGGCCUUGGGUGAGUUAGAGAUGGAAGUGUAUUUUAAUAGGAUGCUUCUUUUCUCUUCCCCAGUGCCUGUGUUGACAGAGCAUUUGCAGAAAUGCCCAUGCGUGAUUGUUCACAGGUUACUGCUCACUGCAAAUGACCCAUACUGCUCCUUCUUGUGUGUAUCUGCUCUAUACACUUGGAACGAAAUGAAGCCAACUCUGUCAUUUCGCAGUGCCUAACCAGCCUCUUCUUGCAGAAAUUUAUAUUCUGGGCUACACUGCAGUCUUUGGUGGCUGACAGCCGUAGAAUUCAGAACCAAGUAGUGUCUAUCAGCCUUCUUAACUGUGUGCACCCCCUAUUUCAGUCCUUUGCCUUUGUUCUUCCAGGGAUUGUAUGCAUCCUAUAUAUAUUUUCCCUCUCAAAACCAGAACAUCAACACUGCUGUUUCCGACACUUAGACAUCCCACGCAAAGCCACAUUGAAUUUUUGCCAAGUGAAAAAUGCAUCCAACAAUCAAGUUUCUAAGAAUGUGUCAAGUGGGGAAUGAUAAUGUGUAAUAAUUGAGAAAUUAAUUUAUUAAAAAGAAGCAGAA